GCUCCAUGGCGGACACCUAAUCCGUGCAAACGCGUCCCGAAAACCCCGUAGCUCGCUGGCGGAGGUCCUCUUCUCGUGAUCCGCCAUCAGGAACGCGCCUGUGGUGGAUUGAACGCCAGGAUGCAGAUUUUCGUCAAAACCCUCACGGGGAAGACCAUAACCCUCGAGGUUGAGCCUUCUGACACCAUCGAAAAUGUCAAGGCUAAGAUUCAGGACAAAGAAGGAAUCCCUCCUGACCAGCAGAGGUUGAUCUUCGCUGGGAAGCAGCUGGAGGACGGCCGCACGCUGUCCGACUACAACAUCCAGAAG